AUGACCUUUCAAUUCUUCCAGCGCUUUCGCAAUAAGGAUAAGGAGAAAGAGAAAGGGAAGGGCAAAGAUCGACAGAAAGACCAACCGGAAGAGGACCCUUCACAGCCAGACCCGCGAACGAUCCUGGCUCGGGUAGGGAUCUAUCAUGAAACCUGCAAGCAAAAUGGCAACAGUCGCGAUUUCAAGGCAAUGCCUCUUCCUCCGCCUCGAAGACCAUUGACUCCUCCCAAUCAAGAGCUUGCGACCAUCCGGAGCAGGAGCAACACCCUCACAGCCAUCAAUACGUCAACUACCAAUUUUCUGGACUUGAACGAUAACAGCACGCUUCCCCAGGACCGGAGUCUAUUCUUCUCGCGUCUACCCCAGGAGAUUCGCCAACGAAUAUACAUUGAGCUCUUUGGUGGCCGGUCGGUCCACCUCGAAUACGAUUUUGGCUAUGUGCCGGGCUACCGUCAGAGAGAUAAGCGACCGCCAGACCAAUGGCGCUGGUGGCACCGGGUUUGCGAUGAAGAGGACCAUCCAAACCCUGGAGACAUGUGCCGUAUGAAUGAUCUCGAGGAUCCGAAGCGGAUUGGACGACGACAGUUAUCGCGGCACAAGCUGAAAGGCGUGGCGUGGCUGCGAGUGUGUCGAAGAGCAUACCUAGAAGCACUUCCACUUCUCUACAGCACAAAUACAUUCCUCAUUUCCUCAUCGGUCAAGUUAUGUCGAUUACCGAAAAUGAUAGCGCCGUCACAUUUAUCGCGCAUCGCUUCGCUAGACAUUCUGCACGUCGCAAAGGCAACUACACCGUCAGCAAUGACCGACCACGAGUGGGAGACAUACCAAACACUCUUCCGGACGUUACGAUUAGCGUACGUUGGCGUCAGGCGCUUGCGCUUGGUUAUCCAUAUUUUGAACAAAAGCUGCACCCCGCGAGCUGGAACCGUUCCAGAAGAGCUGGAUGAAGCCUGGAUUCGUCCCUGGUCGGAGCUGGCGUCUUCCCGACAGUGGGAGAAACUCGAGAUUGGGCUGCAAGACAGCUGGUUUGACGACUUUUCCGCUGCUGGGAGGCGAUGGGAGGCGAGGAAUGGGCGUCACUUGGAAGAUUCAGGAUAUUCGCUGGUGCGAGUAGACGAUUUCACAACAUGGGAUGGAAGGUUGUCGGAGAUCUGGAACGCGGUUUAUCUGUAG